CCACCCAAAAUUGAAAAUUCCCAUCUCUCUCUCUUUCACAGAAAAGAAAAAGAAGAAGAAAAUCAAUGGAAGAAAACCUAGCAGUACCACCAGUAAUGGCCAAGAGAAUAUGGAGUAUUGUACGUGUAAUUCUCUUCAUGGUCAGAAAAGGUUUACCUAAAACCAAUCCCAUGCUCCAUCUCAACAUGCUUUUCAAACGCGGCAAGAUCGCCGGCUCCAAAGCCAUUGCUAAUCUCAUCUACCACCACCAUUCCUCCUCCUCCUUGGCCGCCGCCGUCGCCGCCGCAUCCUCCGGAAUCCCCCGUGACUACGAGUUCAGCUGCACGAACACCCCUGCCUACACAUUCACUGCAUCUUUACAACCUCCCAACAUCAAAAUUAAGCUCAAAAACCACUUCCUCGCCUGUGCCGGAGCCCAGACAGUCAACGAAGACGAAGAGGACGCCAUUUCUAGCAACAAUGACUGUCAAGUGAAGGAGAUGAUGACGGCGUCACCUGUCUUGCCGGGGUUUGGUCGACUCACGCCGUUGGUCAGGCCGCUGAGGAUAACGGACUCGCCGUUUCCGUUAAGAGACGUUGAGGAUGAGGACAACGGUUAUGUUGAUAAAGCUGCUGAGGAGUUCAUUCAGAGGUUUUAUAAAGAAUUGAAGCUGCAGAAGCGAUUAACGGAUAUUUCUAAUUAAUUAUUUAAUUUGGAUAAUUAGGGUUUAGUAAAUCUUAAUUAAUUUUCUCUCGCCUUGUCUUUUCUUUUCUUUUUAUUUAUUUUUUUUUUUGAUGAUUUUGGAGAGAUGUAAUGGAUUCUGGAGGUUUUCUUUUUUCCUUCUUCAAAUUUUUAUAUGAUAUACAUAUAUAUAAAUCAAUAAAAUGUUUGCAUCAAUGUUG